AUGGUCUCGCCGCAACCACCACAGACACCGCCCACACUUGCGCCGUCUGAUUUCAUGCCCAACGAUGGCCAACCGCCCCCGCCGCUCACGGUGCGUGCACCAGUGACCAAUCCCGGAGAAUUACCUUUAGGGCACUCGGGAGUGUUAGAGGACCAGGAGCCAGUUUUUAACGCCUUUGCGCCGACUGAGGCGUCGGGAUACGCAGGCCUGCAACACCGGUAUUCGCCGCCUGAAGCACAGGAGAGCUAUUACUCCCCGUACCACCACCACCAGGCCAACUCUGGCUCCCUCCCGUACCAGAUGUCUUACCAGCUACCCGUCCAACACACCGGGUUCUAUGCCCAGCAGCCGCAUAUAUCUCAAAACUUAUAUAUCCACGCCGCGAGCUACCCACACUUCUUCCCUUCGCCCACGUACCAGGCUUAUGCUCAUGCCGGGCCUUCCAUGGGAGAGCGGACUAGCCCGUGGUGGCCCCAGCAACAGCCAUCGCAGUCCUCUCCUCAUAACCGCCGCUCACCGCAUGCCCCCAUUGUCGGUGCUGCUCAUGGUACUCCUGCCCUUCCCGUCAGCCAGCCGCAUCUUCAGCGCAAAUUGUCACAGCGCUCUCCUCAAAAAGUGCCCGACCCGGCACACCAAGAGGGCAGCGGAAAGCAAACGGCGAAACCGCUUGUGCGUAGGGAGUACCACCCGAAUCCGCCCGUCCGGCGCUCCGACUGGGUAAUGUGGGCGGGUAAUGUCCCCAGCGACGCGAAGCACGAUGAGCUGUGGCGCUUUUUCACAUCACCGUCUCAGCUACCGCCCCCUGCCGAUGCAAGCACAGUCAGCCCCGAGUCCACACAAUCCUCACCACCACCACUACCGACAACGACAACAACAACCGCAAGCGACGAGAACGACUUGGGCGUGCUAUCCAUCUUUUUAAUUUCUCGAUCCAACUGUGCCUUCGUCAACUACGAAACAGAGUCUCAACUUCAGGCGGCGAUUGAGCGUUUCGAUGGAGUCCGUCUCCGCCCUGCAGACUCACGAUGUCCGCGCUUGGUGUGCAAAGUGAGGAAGAAGGACGACGAUCUGAAUGCGGGGGUUGGCGGACAACGAGGGAUGGGAAUGCACACGGGGUGGGUGAAAGCAAACAAGGCCAGCCGCAGGGCGUCUGGAUCCGGGGGCUUGUCGGCGUUGACAGAAGUGUCCAGGCCAGGACCGACUCCGUUGAGCUCUCGGUCCGGGUCUGGCUCGCAUGCGAGCGCCUCGACGGACUCUAGCAUGCUGCGAGAGAAUUUCCCGCAGCGAUAUUUUAUACUCAAAUCGUUAACGAGGGACGACCUGGAGCUGAGCAUCAAGACCGGACUGUGGGCGACGCAAAAGCAUAAUGAGGGUGUACUCGACCGGGCGUUCCGGACAUCGGAAGACGUAUUCCUUAUUUUCAGCGUCAACAAGAGCGGCGAGUUCUAUGGGUAUGCAAAGAUGGCGGGACCGAUCAGCCGGUCCAACGGCUCGCCUUCAGAAUCGACUCCCUGGACCAGACGCUCCCCAGUUCAUCCCGCUAAUACCCCGUCCCCGCUCCUAAGCAGCUCGCACUUCGUCGACGAGUCCCCAUUACCACUAUCUUCCGCCCGCGCAUCAAAUGUCCAGUCAGCACCCGCCAUUCUCGGUCCCAGAGAGCGCGUGUUUAGCGCUGCCUCACCCGCGGUCAAGUACAGUCUCGACCACCAUCUCUUCGCCAAUCUGCAGUCCCAACCUGCGGUGAUCGAGCUUGACGAAACGGCACCGGUCAGGGCGAUGCGUUCGCGAGGAACCUCUCGCACCAGCUCCGGGCCGGUACUACCCCUGGCAUCCACACCGAGCCCUGCUGGCGGGGAUACGGCGCCGCGGCCGGAUCGCGUUAUCAUGCCCGAGAACGCCGAUACGAGCUGGGGCAGCGACUUUGCGUUGACGUGGAUCUGUACGGCGCGCCUGCCGUUCACGCGCACCCGCAUGCUGCGCAACCCGUGGAACCACGACCGCGAGGUGAAGGUGUCGCGGGACGGGACGGAGCUCGAGCCGGGCGUCGGGAAGGCGUUGCUGGAAGAGUGGCAGGCCUAUAUUGGCAGUACUGCCAUGCGAAGCACAAUCGCGUUGUGUCAUCACGUCAUCAACAGCCUUAGUAGACCAAGCCUAGACGCCUUGGGCCGCGUUGUGGGAAGAUCCGCGCCUUGGCGGGUCUCUGCGAGGCGUUCGGACAGCGACAACGAGUCGCCCACCGGCUUGCAGCGUCGCGCUACUAGUAUAAAACGGGCGAACUUCAAGAUCGCCGAGACACCAUCCGACAUGGCUAUUCCCAAGACCACACGGCAAUACAUCGUGCAAACGCCCGGGUCUCUUGACGCGCUUAAGCUCGUGGAGGUGGCUAUUCCGGCACUCAAAGCAACAGAGGUGCUGGUGAGGACGAAGGCCGUCUCGUUGCAGUUCCGCGACCUCAUGGUUGCCCACGGCACCUACCCGCAUCAUCUCCCUCCCAACCUCGUCCCCUGCUCGGACAUGGCUGGGGAAGUCAUUGCUGUUGGCGUCGAAGUCACGCAAUGGAAAACGGGCGACCGCGUCAUGGCUAACUUUUUCCUUGACCUGCUCGCACCAGCAGGCAUGACGCGCGCGAUCAAGGCGACGGCGCUGGGAGGCCAGGUACAUGGUGUGCUGACGCAGUGCAGAGCAUAUCCUGCCCAUUCGCUCGUUGCUAUUCCGGAUCACCUUGCUUUUGAAGAAGCCUCGACGCUGCCGUGCGCGGCCCUCACAGCAUACAACGCCCUUGUGGACGGCCUUGAUCAAGUAAAGGCUGGCGAUACGGUGCUGAUCAUGGGAACAGGUGGCGUCUCAAUCUUUGCCCUGCAGUUUUGCGUGGUAUCUGGGGCUACAACCAUCAUCCUGUCAUCCUCAGCAAACAAGCUCAAUUUCGCUAAAACGCUCGGCGCGACGCACACAAUCAACUACUCCGAAACUCCCGCUUGGGAUGCAGAGGUGCUGAAACUGACCAACGGCCGCGGGGUGGAUCGCGUGCUCGACGUCGUUGGAAACCGCACUUUGGCGCGCUCUAUUCGUGUGGUGCGCCUGGGCGGCUGCGUCGACAUGAUUGGUGCCGUGGGUGGGCAAAGCAUAUCGCCACCUGAUAUUGUCGGCCCUGCAAUCUGGGGUCAGGUCCGCCUGCGCGGAAGCUAUGUCGGGGCGGUCUCGCAAUUUCAUGCGAUGAACCGCCUCCUUGCUGCACACCCGGAGCGCACGCGUCCCGUAAUUGACAAGGUGUUCUCUUUCGAAGAGGCACAUGAGGCAUUUGCGUACCUGGAGAGUCAACAGCAUGUUGGGAAAGUUGUUAUUAGUGUAGGCUAG